AUGGACCUCUCAGGUGAACCAGCAGGUGACACGUCUAACAUACUUCGUGUCCCCCCACCCCGCUCCCAUCACUUCUCAUUCGGAACCACCGGACUUCUGGAUUCUGGCCAAGCUACUCUCUACGAGGCGUAUGUGGACUCUACUCGCAGAAACCCCGACAAUGUCACUCGACGUGCACACCAUGCAGAGUCAACACCUACAUCCGCCCGACAAACAGUCGAGGCAACAGCCAGAAACAGACGCACACACGCAUUACGUGCAGAGUCACACCACGGGAGCCUGUCUCGAUCGCCGUCCCCGACGACGGACGACAAGCAGAUUCGCCAAAAUGCGGCUAGAGAUGCCGCGACGUACAGAUCUCCUCGCAAUGUCUCACAACCUUCCUCUUGUCACCCUUCUCAGACCCAACAGCAGGAGAUGUCGUACUACCCCAACGGUUUUCCUCAGCCGCUGGGUACUCAGUACACACCCAGGGCCACAUUGCAACCAAGCGCCUCUCGUGCGCAACAGCGACCAUACGCGGCGACCCAUCCAGCUGCCCCGUACGCUCGCCAACUAACGUAUACCGCGCCGGCCCCUACCACGCAGUACAUACAACCGCCGAUGGCCGACAGCGAUAACCGCGUCGUCGAGCAACCUCACCUCGCUCACCAAGCAGCGGCAGUAAACACCAACAACGGUGUUCCCGUGCCUGUCACGGUAGCGAGCAUUGAUAGCACCCAUGCGUCCACCAUAGCAGUGACUACCAAUAGCGCUCCCGCACCCGCAACGGCAGCAAGCACCGAUAGUGCACCUGCGCCAGCCACCGUUUCAGGCGCCGAUAGCGCACCUGCGCCUGCAGCACCAGCGACCACUGUUAGUGCUCCCACACCCACCACGACCGCUGGUGCCGCGAGAACUCAUGAAGCUGUGCCGCCUGUCCGCAACGGCUUGAAGAAGACGUUCCAGCGCCACCCCGAAGACCCCCUCUUCUACGUUGAGUUGCUCACAAAAGGGUGGGCACAGGGACGCAUCCGAACGUUCAUGGACGAUCACAUUGAAGGUUAUCGCGUCGCACGCUCCCAGACAUACUCGCGCGUUCGUGAUUACAUCAACACCACAACAAACGAAUUCUUCGAAAUGGUGCCUUGGCGUAACAAGGUUUCCGACCCCAUUCCUGACGACUAUAACCCUCAUGCCAUGGAACACUUGUCCGAGAUCGAGGAAGAUCAAAAAGCGCACAAGAUCGAGUCAAUUAAAAAUUCCAUCAAAUCCUGGCUAGAUCGCCGGAUCGACGGUAACAAGCUUGCAGGCCGCCCGAGCAGCAAGGAGAACAACGUCUGGACACGUCUUCUCAAGCAGCUGUCGGGUGUUCCUAGCGUGAAGCCUAAAAAGCUCUCGGCCGUUCAAUUCUGGUCCAAGGCGCAUUACGCAUUGGUGCGCUCUCAGUUCCGCGAGAAGAUCACCUCUGAGUACUUCAACAAGCUCUCCGAUAAGGAGCAGCUCGAUUGGGCAGAGAAGGCGAAGGCGGACCACGCCCGCGAAGUCAGUAAAUGGCACGCGGCUCUUAACACCCCCGUUGACACGGCUCCUGAGGCUCGACAGAUUGCUAUCGACACCCUGAACGUGUUCCUGUCUCCCAUCCUCAACGAAGUCCACGCAGCCACUGGGUUUCAUAUCACGAUGUUUCUAUGCGGGCCAGAACCUCACAAAGGCGGCCGUCUCAACGUCAUUGGGAUGCAUUGGGGGACGCACAUCGCCCCAUCUCCGCAAAACUGGCCUGCUGCCCAACCUCAGUCGCAUAAACUCGCGAUCAAGCAUUUUUUAGAUUUUGUAGAGACCUGUUUCACCAACGAGAUGAAGGCGCAAUCUGCUCUCAAAAUGAACAGCGCGUCGAAUAUUCCAGAAGCACUGCGCACUGCUGGCAUGGACAAGGAUGGCGUGAAGAGCACCACCCACGAGGCAUCUGGAUCCUCUGAUUCCAUCAAUCCAUCUUUGGCAGCGCCACUUCCUUGUUCUGACGAGAACCCCGCUCGAUCUGCGCCCUCUCGAACCAGCCAUGACGUUAACGCUUCCAUGCGGAAGACUGGGCAGCAGUCAGCAAAAACCCUGAAACAUAAAACCGCGCCAGCGGCAUCGACUGCGCCCGCUCCCCCGGCUCCAGGUCCCCCGUCCGUUACAAAACCUGCCGCAUGCAAAAAGCCCACGCGCAACAUGACCUUGCAGCCAGCCAACCUCCCGAAGCCGUCUCGAGGCAAGCGCAAGCAUGUGGUGCCCUCUAGUGUUUCUGAGGAAGAGGACGCGACGUUAACCGGCUCCGAGAGUGACAACAUCAGCAACAACGAGGAGAGCCUGCCUGUCGAGAAGAUCUACAACACCCGCCAUUGCCGUAUUCAGGCCCAGGAAGACCACUUGCUGUCUCAGACAGCCAAAGUUAAUACUCCAGCUGUGGCUAACCAUGGUGACGUUUCAUCUGAAACCCAACCCACGACCUCCCAAAAAUCCAUGGACAACGGUGCAGAAAGGUCUUUGAAUGAUAACAGCAGGAAUACCGUUGUCAAUACUCCACGCGACCACGGCUCGGAUAGUGCUGUUGUCCACGCCGCUGAUCCUCGCACGGGUGUGGAGGGCACCGCGAAGACUCCUAUGAGCAGUCUACAACCCCUCAACAAUGCUCCUACCUGGAUAAAGCACGUGCUUACGUACUUAAGGCUCCUGGAUAUGCUUCUGCCCGACGAUCGUCGCAAGAUUGACCGCGGUGCAUCUGCCACGAUCGGAGAACAACAGGGCUGGACUCUACCGAUCCUGUACUCGCAGCUUCUCGACGAGUACUUGCUCCUUGAGCACUCCUCCAACUUCUCGUCUCUGCAGGGUCCGGCUGGCAGGUUGGACUCCAAGGAGAGGCCAAAGGAGGUUCAUUGGUGGAUCGCGCGCAAGCAACUCAUCACAGUUCGUCCCUCCAUUCCUGAGGUGGAGCGGUUCGCGAGCCAGUGGUGGAAGUGGUGGGUUUCCCUUCAGCCCGACUGGCGAGGUGUUGCGGCACCUUCUGGCUCUUCCCCCCCUCCCCUUCCUCGCCAUGGCCGUGAUGGGGACUGGUCCACCCUCGACAAACCCGGAGUGAACGGAUUCACAUCCCUUGUUGUCUGUCUGAAGUGGUGGGGGGCAGAGACCGCGCUCGCAAGUAAGGACCCUUUAUGGAUCGCUGCUGUCGAAGAUACCAAGUGGGUAAUGAGCUGUAUACGUUGCUCUCGCUCUUGGCGUGAUAACCCGGCUGCAAAGGAACCAAAGGAGAGGGCUACCAAGCGUCAGCGCACUGUCUGA